GAGCCGGAGGCUGCCCGGCGAGCGGCAACGACUUCCAGUGGUGCUUCUCGCAGGUCAAGGGGGCCAUCGAUGAGGACGUGGCCGAAGGUUCCUCCAACUACUUUAUGGAGAUUGGACUCAGAAGGGCAGAAGAGGAAGUGAGAAGAACAGCUGACAUCAUUUCAACCGUUGAAUUUAAUUACUCUGGAGAUCUUCUUGCAACAGGAGACAAGGGCGGCAGAGUUGUUAUUUUUCAGCGGGAGCAAGAGAAUAAAAGCCGCCCUCAUUCUAGGGGAGAAUAUAAUGUUUACAGUACCUUUCAAAGUCAUGAACCAGAAUUUGACUAUUUGAAAAGUUUAGAAAUUGAGGAAAAAAUUAAUAAAAUUAGGUGGUUACCGCAACAGAAUGCUGCUCAUUUUCUGCUCUCUACAAAUGAUAAAACUAUAAAAUUAUGGAAAAUAAGUGAACGGGAUAAGAGAGCAGAAGGUUAUAACUUGAAAGAUGAAGAUGGACGACUUCGAGAUCCAUUUAGAAUUACAGCACUACGGGUCCCAAUAUUGAAGCCUAUGGACCUUAUGGUAGAAGCAAGUCCACGACGAAUCUUUGCAAAUGCUCACACAUAUCAUAUAAAUUCCAUUUCAGUAAAUAGUGAUCAUGAAACAUAUCUUUCUGCAGAUGACCUGAGAAUUAAUCUGUGGCAUUUAGAAAUCACAGAUAGAAGUUUUAACAUCGUAGAUAUUAAGCCUGCUAACAUGGAGGAGCUGACAGAAGUCAUUACCGCAGCAGAGUUCCACCCACACCAGUGUAACGUGUUUGUCUACAGUAGCAGUAAAGGGACCAUCCGACUAUGUGAUAUGCGUUCCUCAGCCCUGUGUGACAGACACUCAAAGUUUUUUGAAGAACCUGAGGAUCCUAGCAGUAGGUCCUUCUUCUCAGAAAUAAUUUCAUCGAUAUCCGAUGUCAAGUUCAGUCAUAGUGGUCGGUACAUGAUGACUAGAGACUACCUGUCGGUGAAGGUAUGGGACCUCAACAUGGAGAGCAGGCCUGUUGAGACUCACCAGGUCCAUGAGUACCUACGGAGCAAACUUUGUUCUCUAUAUGAAAAUGACUGCAUCUUUGACAAGUUCGAGUGCUGCUGGAACGGUUCAGAUAGUGCUAUUAUGACUGGGUCCUAUAACAACUUCUUUAGAAUGUUUGAUAGAAAUACACGCAGGGAUGUUACACUGGAAGCUUCAAGAGAGAACAGCAAACCCCGAGCCAGCUUAAAGCCUCGGAAAGUAUGUACAGGUGGUAAGAGAAAGAAAGACGAGAUUAGUGUGGACAGUCUGGACUUCAAUAAGAAGAUCCUUCACACAGCCUGGCAUCCCAUGGAGAAUAUUAUUGCUGUAGCUGCCACCAAUAACUUGUAUAUAUUCCAGGACAAAAUCAACUAAAGAAGUUAACUUGAGGACCAAGUCUUGUCUUGCAUAGUGAAGCUGGUUGUUUUUCUGUCAGAGAAAAGGCAUUAUUGUCCUCUCCAUUAAGAACAGUGAUGCACUUACUACAUCCCUUCAUAGACACAGAGAGAAGGACCUCAGCUGGAGUCCUGGUGUGGUUCUGCCUUCAGCGAGGUGAGAGAUGGGUGCUGCUGCUCAAGUGAAAAACCCACUCGAAGCAGAAUUGGUGGACAUUGCUCAAUAAAGGCCAUUAUUCAAAUGUAUUUAUUUAAGUCUGAGCCUGCCUUUCCAGUUUAUAGACCAAAACAUUAACAUCUAGGAGAAAAGUCAGAUCUCUAACUCUUUUUCCCUCUUUCUUACCAUCAUUCUUGGGCCUUCCCAUGAACAUGGUAUGGCGACUGUCCAUGUCUUCUCUAGCCUUGAUCUCAGUUCAGGUGGGCUGAUGUGUGGAUAUGGCCCGAGCAGGCUCAGGCAGCUUUACUCACCCACUGUAUCUACCAUCACACCUUCUGGUGUAACCACUUAAUAAAAACAAUACACUAUAAAAAGUGUUUUUAAAUCCAAACAUAAGUAUCGUCUUUUUAUUUGUUUUAAUUGCAUAUAAUGAAUUUAUGCAGAAUUACUCUUUGAAACAAUUUGAAAAACUUUUGUCCUCCUUUGGCAGAAUUGAAUGAAUGUGUGCUCUAAACAUAUCUAUCCCCAAACUGCCAUGACUUUUUGUUUUUGUUUCUGUAAAAAUGGUUCAUCUGAUAUACCAGGUAAGGUCUGGGAAAAGCCAUAAAUGAGGCCACCUAUGAAAAAGAAAACUGCAAGGAAGAAUAACAAAAUUGCUGCUAUAAAUUUAACCUGUUCAAAGUAGGCCUCAACUGCAGUACAGUUGAAAAUGUAUGUGCUUUCUUUUAAAGCCUUUUUAAGAAGUACUUUGGGGAAGGGAAUACACUUUUUAAAUAUUGCUAAAAUGAUAUGCAUGCUAAAUUUCAUAAUGCAUUUCAAAUCAGCAAAAUUAAAUACUUUAGUAUAUGAUGCCACUAGCCCUUGGUGGUUUAUUUUAAAAGAUCUAUGAUACAAGAAAUCAAGAUUUCCUGAGACAAAAAAAUACAGAGGUGUACCAACGAUAAGUGAUUAGAAAUUAUUUUCUUGGGAUUUAACAUGUGAGCCUGACCCUGGUGUGGGGGUGGAGAGUGGAAGGCUCACCUGCCAUUGUUGAAAUUAAGGUGUAUUUUGAUUACUAAUGAUGCAAAUAUGCAAGAACAGAUGUCUUUCAUUGCCCUCAAUUAAUGUUAACAGGAUGCCACUUAGUUCACGUUAAGUUCAAAAUUGAGAAUCCAAAAGUACCCUUAUUUUAAUUUAAAAACAAUUAUACACUGUAUAUUGGUUGUUACACAAUUUACAAAGUCUAAGGUGUGGAACAGAGUUGUUUAAGCAUUAGUCAACCCUGGUCCUUAAGAAAAAAAACAAAACAGUUUUAGUAAAAUGGGAUUGUAUAUAUUUGUUCAAUAUUUUGACCCAAAAGUUUAAUAAAUUUUAAAUGUUUAACUGGA